AUGAAAUUCCAAGCUGGCGGAAGUAGAAAUAAUCAGGUUGGGUUGUUUCUGAAGAGUUGGAGUACUCUGGUCAAAUCAUGUUGUGAUUAUAUGGUGACUAAAACAUAUGCAAUGCCACGUGUUAUGAUGGCUGUUAAUAUGGAUGAACCAAAAUUGUCUACGGAUUAUGAAAGUGUGUUGGAGAGUAUUGUUGGAACCUUUAAAGUUAAAGAACCUCUUUUGAUUGCUUUAUCAAAUGAGAGUACCCUUCUUUUUAAAGCUGGUCAUGAUGCUUGCAGUGAAAUGGCUGAGACUGAGUCUGAAAUGGUGAAAGUGCUUAACAGUCUUACUGUCAUCUUUUGUUACGAGUUCUUGUUCUUAGGCCUAGAGUUUUUCUAUGACUUCACGUUCAAGGAAUUUUGCUGA